AUGUAGAAUUAUGUAUAUGACAUAGAUUCAAUUAGAGGAUUAAAUCUAUCUUUAAAGAUACCAUUGAGUCUGUUUGCAUAUAUGGUUGAUGAAAUUUAUAAAUUUACUCUUUCUUGUUAAAGUGCCUUUUCACUUUAAGGAAUGAUGUAGAUAUUUCAUCGUGAAUCUGUUUAAAUGGAAAUAGAUGAAGCUGAAUUUUGCAUUAAUAGUUAUGUUUAUUUGAUACGUUUUGUUUAAAAGAAUAAUAUUUCAGCAGAACAUUUAAGUAAAUGGUUGAAAGAGAAUACACUUGUAUAGGAUGAACAUCGAGAAUAUUUAACAAAGGUUUUAUAAGGUUUUGAUCCUGAAACACUCAAGAAAGUAUUAAGUCUUGGAAAACUUAAAGAGUUGAAAUGGACAGUUAAUCAAUAUAAUGGAGAUGUUAAAUACCCAAAUCUUAAAAAGUUGUACAUUUUAUUAGAAUUUCAUAUACAAGAUGAAAAAGGGAAUCUUCAAAAAUAAAUCAUCAAUCUCACAAUCUAAGAAUUUAAAAUGUUAUAAAUGGAAUUCAAGGAGAUAGGUGAUAUAUUGAGAAGUUUUAUGUGAAU